UGAGAAUGAAAAAAAAAUGGCUUCAGAUUUGAGAGGUAAAGCAAAAAGAUUACUGUGAUAAUAAUAAUAUAAGGAGUCAAACCACGCCUGAACAAAAUCAACUCCAUAAACAUGCAGAACCGGUUUCAUCAUAUUUUAAGAUAAGAGGUGGAGAAAACAAUCGGACCUAUAACUUUUAAUGAGAUCUACAUGAGUGUGGAGAAAGUUAUGCUGAGAGAAUAACUGAUGAGAAUGCUGUUUUAUGUGUAUUUGUUGACAUGCUUUGUACUCGCCAAAGCAGGUUCUCACUCAUUGAAGGCAUUUGUAACGUAUAUUGCUGGAAAGACACCAUUUCCUGAGUUCAGUGCUGUGCUGAUGUUGGAUGAUCUGCAAAUAGGAUAUUAUGACUCUGUCACAUGGAAACCUGUCUAUCGCUCUCACAGUGAUUCAAAAUACUAUGAUGAAGAGCAAAGUGAUGCUGAUACUGUAUUUCGCGAUAUGUAUAACAUCUUUAAAGAAAGAGAAAUUUAUCUUAAGGAGAUCCAAAAUCGCACAUAUGGUGUACAUGUUCAUCAGAGACUGGUUGGAUGUGAAUUGUUGAAUGAUGAUAAACCCGGUCCACUUAAGAGAUUGGAUGCUUUAGAUGGACAAACUAUAGAGGAGUUCACCUUUGACAUGGAAAACAACAGUACAGCGACAAAAAUGACAUGGAGGCCGUGGGACCAACAAAAAUGGCUUCGUGUAAAGUUUAUGUAUGAAAAUGUUUAUCAUCCUAUUUGCAUUAAAGUUUUGCGAAGGUACCUGAAUAUGGAAAAGAACAAUGUGAUGAGAAAAGUGAAACCCAGAGUCAGACUCAUGAGGAAGACACUCCCAGACUCUCAAGGGCUUCAGAUCAGUUGUCUGGCCACUGGUUUUUACCCCCGUCACAUUAACCUGACUCUGUUCAGAGAUGAUCAGCCUGUGGAUGAUGAUCAGAUCACAGGAGGAGAGAUUCUGCCCAACGGAGACAGAACUUACCAGAUGAGGAAGAGUUUGGUGAUCAGCGCAGAAGAACAACGUGAAAGACACAAAUACAACUGUACAAUGAAGCACCUCAAUCUGAACAACAAACUGGACAUUACAUUUGUGAUUUUAGAUGUGGCUGAAUCUAACCCAGGAUCCUUCAGUCUGUCUGUAGUUAUCAGUGUGCUGGUGUUAGUGUUUGUGGCUGUUCUCAUCGUAACUGCUCUAUGGAGGAAGAAGAGACGUGCUGCUGUUCAACUGUGUCACUCUUAUUCAGAACGAGGAUCUGCAGCAUCACAGAUUGAUUACUCCCUUACUCCAUCUUCCAUGCAUGAUAAAACAUGACAAGUGAGUCUAUGGGCCAAUAUUAAAGUCAAGACAACAACAAUAUCUUAUAGCAUUUUCUUGGUGGAUGCUAUUGGGUUUUUGGUGGAUGCUUUUUUGGUCGUGCCUGCCUUUAAACCUUUAAAAAAAUCACUUGAACACCAAGUGCAUGUGCGCCCCACACUUUGAGAACCACUGGGUUAUGCCGUGUGAUGAUAACCACCAAAUUGGUUGAUUAAAAUGACAAAGGAUUGUUAUAGGUAAUGAAUGUAUAUAAGCAACAUAAAAAUGCCUAUGUGGCCCGAAAUCAUAAUAUUGUUUAAGAACAAUACUAACCAUGUCUCAUUCACUGAGGUAUGCACAACAUGUGCGUGAAAUAUGCAUUUAUCUGUUUUCACAGAUAAUUUAUGUUACAAUUGUAUUAAAAUUUAUUCGGAAUUACAAAAACAUGUAGGAACAACUGGGGGUAUUCCAGAAAGCAAGGCUAACUCACCGUCACAUACCCUGAACUCUCAAUUGAACCUAAACCUUGUUUACUCGGGGUACGUCGGCUCCAAAACACACGUGAAGAGUUAGUUCAAUCAACCUUCUGUUGGUAACCCAGAGUUAAUGUGUGCCAUCAGACUUGCAUACCUUGAACAUUACCUCAGUUUUUGGAACCUAACGUUGAGGUUAUCCUUUAUCCUUAUCAAUAAACUUACCCGGGUAUGUCACAUAACCUGGGCACGUAUGUAUAAAGCCGCUCAGAGUAAAAUUUUAGUCUUAAGUGUGUCAAAAUUCUAAGAAUGAUGUAAUUUUACUCUUAUUCCUAGACUUAAGAAUAAGUGUGAUUCAUAAAGGUAUUUUUCCGCAGCGUAGUCGCUGCAUCCGAAAUUCCACACUUCCCUACUAUAUAGUAUGUGAAAAACAGUAUGCGAGGCGAGUAGUAUGUCCAAAUUCAUAGUAAUUGAAAAACAGUAUUAACCGAGUGACCUACUGCUUCCGCCCGAAAUCUGUAGUAGGCAUACGAUGGACGCUGUGCUAUCCCGUGAGGCCACAGGAGAGGAUUCUUCAUAGGCUAUUCGAAAAUGGCGGAAAGGGGCGAUGCAGCUUUUUUCAAGUCAAAGUACCUCAGGGAAAAACUGUGAUUAUUUAAGAGUGUUGGAGAGGUAUCCUAACUCAGUUAAAAGUAACAAGAUGGCAGUAUAGUGGAGGAGACCACACAGUUUCCAAUGAAAAUAUAAUGUAAUGGAGUUAUAUGAUGACAGGGAACUGAUAUAAUAAUCAAAGCUUGAUCGUCAAGGUAUUCUUUUUGUAAUUAACCUAGUAAGAAAUGUAUUGUUGCAGUGAUUUCAGGCAACAACAGUGAGCCAAAACAAUAGUGAGCCAAUGCAGGCUCACUAUUGGCUGAUUCAGUGGUUGAAGGCAGCCAUUUUUGGUUAACAUCAUUGUAGUAUCAUAGACUUUGCUGAAAGUUGCUUUUAGCUUUAAUGCUUAAUUUUUUGACAUUUAAGUCAAUGCUUAAUGCUAUUCUUAAGAGCAUUUCUGAGAAGUUUUAUAUCAUAUAAAAUCAUAUACAUCUUAAUGCUAAAACUUGCUCCUAAUCUUGAAAUUUAGGUGCAACUUUUAAAAAUUUGUGGCGUGUCGCUUCUAAUUUUAGGACUUGUACGCAAAGCAUUUUAACUCUAAAGGCCCUGAGAUACUUAAAGUGAAAUCGAAGAAUGAACUGGUUUGGUGUUAUUUUGAAAAACAAAACAAAACAAAAAACAGGCCAAAACAAAAUUCGUUUUAAGUUUGAAACAGCUUGCUAAAAGCAAAUUUUCCUGAAAAGUACACACUGUUUAUUACAUAACAGCUAGGUGUGCUCUGUGGCUCCACCUUCUUUGAGGUGGAAGUCUUUACCGAUUGAUUUAUUCUGUUCAGUCCAUCAACAUCAGACGUCUGCGAGUAAAAACAUGAACACACUGUAGAGCUGCUUUAUAGUAGAAAUUGAAGUUGUAAUUGAAAGAGACACUGACACUGUUUUUUCAUGUUUAAUUCUGUAAAGCUGCUUGGUUUUAAGCAACCUAUAUAAUUAAAUAUGACAUAAUUGGACUGCCGAAUUGCGGAGCUCGUGCAAAACACGUCACUGUCAGGAGGAUUAUGUAGUCAGUUUAGUUUUCCUUGUGUUUUGGUUUCUGAGUUCUGUUUGCUACUUAGUUCCCUUAGUUACUGAGUAUGUUCACCUGUUGUUCAUUGAGUUACCUUGUUAUAUCUAUAUAUUGAAGUUCUCAGCUUACUGUUUAUUGUUCCGUUGUCUUUAUGUGUUUGUUAUUUUCUUGUGUUUGUUAUUUUUUUUAUUAUUGAAUAAAAGAUGGGUCUUUGU